AUGUGGCCUGACACCAGUGAAGCUACUUCACCUCCAUCGCACGCGUUGGUCGAUCUUGUGGAGAACGUAGGGGAGGGUCCUUGCGAAGUUGAUGUGAUCCGUACGCCGAACACAUCGCACGCGAUACCCGCCCACCUACGCCACAUCUUGUGGCCUGACACUGGCGAAGCGGCUGCUCCUCUCCCAUCACACGCGAUACCCGCCCACCUUCGCCACAUCUUGUGGCCUGACGCUGGCGAAGCUUUACCACAGUCGCCCCCAUCGCAUGUGUUGGCCGACCUUGUGGAGAACGCAGAGAGUGGCUCGCUUGAAUCCAUCUUCACGACAACAUGGCGGUCGACGCUGGCGAAGCAACAACUGUUCCCAUCCUAUGCGUACGACAAGCUCGUGGCAACGUUGUGGACGACGCAGGGGGGGCGCAUGGGAACCUGA